AUGCAGUCCACGCUGUUCGCGGCCCGACCCCGGGGCCCGGUGAGGGUGCAGGCGGUGUCGGCGCCGACGAGCGGCCGCAGCCCCGCGCAGACGGGCGCCGUGAAGCACAAGAUGACUCUGACGGAGAAGAUCCUGGCCAAGAAGUCCAACAACCAGAAGGUGUCCCCCGGCGACAACAUCUGGGUCAACGUCGACAAGCUUCUCACGCACGACGUGUGCGGGCCGGGCACGUUCGGCAUCUUCCAGAAGGAGUUCGGCCCGGACGCCAAGCUGUGGAACCCGGACGGCGUCGUCAUCAUUCCGGACCACUACAUCUUCACGGAGGACCCGCGCGCGAACCGCAACGUGGACAUCCUGCGCGACAUGGCGAAGCAGUACGGGAUCAAGUACUUCUACGACAUCACGGACCGCUCGGACUUCCGCGCGAACCCCAUGUACAAGGGGGUGUGCCAUAUUGCGUACGCCGAGGAGGGCCACGCGAAGCCCGGGGAGGUGCUCUUCGGGACGGACUCGCACACGUGCAACGCCGGGGCGUUCGGGCAGUUCGCGUCCGGCGUCGGGAACACGGACGCGGGCUUCAUUCUCGGCACGGGCAAGCUCUUGGUCAAGACGCCGCCGACGCUGCGUUUCGUGCUCGAGGGCGAGCUGCCGCCGUACAUCCUCGCGAAGGACCUCAUCCUGUACAUCAUCGGCGAGAUCACCGUCGCGGGCGCGACGUACGCGGCGAUGGAGUUCGCCGGGAGCACCAUUGCGACUCUCAACAUGGAGGAACGCAUGACGAUUUGCAACAUGGUGGUGGAGGCGGGCGGGAAGAACGGCAUCAUCGCGCCGGACCAGGUCACGUUCGACUACGUCGACAACCGCACCAGCGACCCGUACGACCCGGUCUACGCCGACGACGGCGCGUCGUACGUCCAGGAGUACGUGAUCAACGUGCAGGACCUCGUGCCGUACGUCGCCGCGCCGCACUCGCCGGACAACCGCCGCACCGCGCGCGAGUGCCAGGACAAGAAGAUCGACCGCGUGUACAUCGGCUCGUGCACCGGCGGGAAGACGGAGGACUUCAUGGCCGCCGCCAAGGUCCUCCACCGGGCCGGGCAGCAGGUCAAGGUCCCGACGUUCCUCGUCCCGGCCACGCAGCAGGUCUGGGCCGACGUGUACUCGCUCCCCGUGCCCGGCUGCGACGGGAAGACCGCGGCGCAGAUCUUCGAGGCUUCGGGGUGCGUGCCGCCGGCGGCGCCGUCGUGCGCGGCGUGCCUGGGCGGGCCGAAGGACACGUUCGCGCGGAUGAACGAGCCGGAGGUCGUCGUGUCGACCACGAACCGCAACUUCCCCGGGCGGAUGGGCCACAAGGACGGGCAGAUUUAUCUGGCGUCGCCGUACACGGCCGCGGCGUCGGCGCUCGCGGGGACCGUCGCGGACCCGCGGGACUACUUCUAG